UUUCAUGCUUUUACUUUUAUCUAGAAGGUGAACUUGCACAGAAAUUCACAGUGAACGCCACACCUGUUCCACCAAUAACAAAAGGCACAAAGAGGAAAGGGAGGUCGACUCUCGUCAGAGGAAAGAAGUGCAAGAUACAUUUGGAUUCUUUUCCCAUCAAAGAAGAUGAAAAUGACACACAGCCACCUUUGCUUGAGCUAAUUGAGGCUUAAUCGUCACCUUAUUCACUUCAAUCUGACGACGAUGACGAACCACCACCGUUUCUUGAGCUAGACAAAGUAGCAUCGUCACCUAAUUUAUCAGUUUAUUCGGACGGCGAUUCCGCGACGCAACUUUCGCUUAGUGAGCUAAUCGAGUCUUCAUCGCCACCUAAUUCUCUUCACGCUGACUACGAUGACGCACAACCAUCUUUGCCUGCUAAAUUAAACGAAGCUUCACCAACACCCACUUCUUUUCAUUCGGACGGCGUUGACGGGCCGUCACUUGCCAUAGACCUGGACCAUUCGUCUUUGUCAUCUACGUCGUGUAGUGACGACAACCGUGUAGCCGAAGAUGACGUCUCGCAAAGGGUGCAAAUGGAAAACGAUUCCGGUUCAUGUUGUGCUGAGUGCAUAUCUGACUCUCCUUUUGUUGAGCCUUUGCCCGAGUGGAUUGAGUUUCUUGACGCUUCGCGAAAUCGUCCACACAGAGACAAACAAAUCCUGUGUAAAUUGGUGAUGUUGGACGCUGUGCCAGUAGUUACUAAGUCGGUAUCAAUCGACUUUGACAGUCAAACAUUUACUCGUUAUUUCAUGUCCAACAUGUAUGUUGGUGGAAACAACCCGUCUACUUUCAGUAACAAAGUGCAGUUACUCCAACUUUAUUCUGAGUUCGAAAACCAAAGGCAGUGCCCCGGAUUGCCUGAUUUGAAGUAUAGACAAGUUGGCGCUAUGAAAACCGGAAUCUUUAGUGAUGGAACAUGGCGUUCUAAAAAGUGCCUUUAUCUGGAGGACAACAAAGAAGCCUGUAGAUCUUGCAAUGACUUCCGGAAAACCUUAAACCAACGAAUUAGAAGAGAAGCCCUAAGAGCCAAACAAAUGAAGAAUAAUUCGAAGAAAGUUUCAAAGGAGAACUACUGCUAUCUAUCACCGACGGAAAUCAAGUUGAAACUUAAGAGACAACGCCAACAAAUGUUUCUUCAAAAACAAAAAAUUUCUCGACAGCGAUUAAAGUUACAGGAAUACGCUGAAAAAGUUAAGUUUCGCAGAGAGAAAGUCGCCAUGAUAGAGCAGCAGGCCAUUCGAAACUAUCUUAAUAAGCUUAGCCCUGAGGUACAUGCAAAUCUUAUUGACUCAAGUAAUUCGCACAUAGGAUUUGAAAAAGUAAUUGUUUUCUCUUUACAAACUAAAAGACCACACCCCCGACUAUUCUAAAAAUUUAUUCGUGAAUAUUUAACAAAAAGUAUUGUAGAGCGCACUAUUUAAUCACAAAUACAGUAGUGUUUGCACCGA